UUCCUUUCUCAAGAAUAAUUCCAUUUAUGGAAGCUUGUUUUGCAUUUUUUGUUCAGAUUGAGUAAUAUUGUACAAAUUGAUAAUUAUUUGUAAUAUAAAUUUGAUAUAGGAUGUUUCAUGUACAAAUAUUAAUCUUCAAAUGUCCAUAGUUGAUAAAUACAACAUGGGUUCUAGAGUGUCAAACGCAAGUUAGACGCGUCAGCUGAAAUCUGUAUGACAAGGUUAGGUUUUACUAAACAAUUUGGUAAUGAUUUGAAAAUUAACCAAUAACGUUGUGAAAACCUGAAAAUGCCGACGGGACGCAGUCGUACUCCGUCUCCAGGAAGACGGAGAGAUCGUUCUAGGGAACGUGAUCGUGAACGGGAUCGACGUAGAAGACGUUCGCGAGAAAGAAGACGCAGAUCAGUGGAUCGUGACAGAGUUAAAUCAAGAGACCGGGACAGGGAACGAGAGAGAGACCGUGAUAGACACAGAAGAUCAUAUAGUAGAUCUAGAUCUAGAGAUCGUGACAGGCCAAAACCAAAAUCUAAGCCACCCACAGCAGAACGUCCAGUCAUUACAGAGGCCGACUUACAAGGUAAGACUCCAGAGGAGCAAGAAAUGAUGAAAAUGAUGGGUUUCUGUGGAUUCGAUACAACUAAAGGGAAAAAAGUAGAAGGCAAUGACGUGGGUGCAGUUCACGUUAUAUUAAAACGAAAGUACAGACAAUACAUGAAUCGGAAGGGUGGUUUUAAUAGACCACUGGACUUUGUGGCAUAAAAAAUAUGGUCUAGUUGAAGUGAACUUUUCUUUAUGCAUAUAUAUAUAGUGCUAAACUUUAUUGAAAGAAUAAUAGACGAUUAUUGUGAAUUUUCUUUAACUUCAGUGAUCAGAUGUUCGUUGAAAGGUAAGAAUAUCGAAUAAAAUAAAACAUUAUUUCGUGUAAA